AACAAACCAGAAACAUUUGCAUUUUUAGCCAAAAUAAUGGAACAAAAUGACACUACAACUAUAGAGAUGUCAGCCAUGGAAAUUCACAAAGUUGCUCCUCCACCACAUAAAACAACUUUGCAAAAACUGAAAACUAGGCUUAAAGAAACUUUUUUUCCUGAUGAUCCUUUGAGACAAUUCAAAGGACAGCCAUUGAAAAAGAAACUAAUUCUUGGAGCUCAGUAUGUUUUUCCAAUAUUAGAAUGGGGUCCUAAUUACAGUUUCAAAUUGCUCAAAUCUGAUAUUGUUUCUGGUCUCACCAUUUCCAGUUUAGCCAUUCCUCAGGGAAUUAGCUAUGCAAAGCUAGCUAAUUUACCUCCCAUUGUUGGUCUAUAUUCAAGUUUUGUUCCACCCCUAGUGUAUGCUGUACUAGGAAGUUCAAGGGAUCUAGCAGUAGGUCCAGUUUCAAUUGCAUCACUUGUUCUUGGAUCAAUGCUUAGAGAAGUGGUUUCUCCUACAAAAGAUCCAAUCUUAUUUCUUCAACUUGCUUUCUCUUCUACUUUCUUUGCUGGCCUUUUCCAAGCUUCUUUAGGCUUUUUAAGACUUGGGUUUAUAAUUGAUUUUCUCUCAAAAGCAACACUGAUUGGAUUCAUGGCUGGAGCUGCCAUUAUAGUGUCUCUACAGCAACUCAAGAGUCUUCUUGGUAUUACAAAUUUUACCAAACAAAUGGGAAUAAUCCCUGUUCUUAGUUCUGUUUUCCACAGGACAAAUGAGUGGUCUUGGCAAACAAUAUUAAUGGGAUUUUGCUUCUUGGUUUUCCUCCUAUUGACCAGACACAUAAGCAUAAGAAAGCCAAAAUUAUUUUGGAUUUCAGCUGGAGCUCCUCUUCUAUCAGUGGUUAUCUCUACACUGCUGGUCUUUGCACUAAAAGCUCAUAAGCAUGGCAUCAGUGUUAUUGGAGAACUACAAAAAGGAUUAAACCCUGUCUCAUGGAACAUGUUACACUUCCACGGAAGCUACUUGGGGCUUGUAAUUAAAACAGGCAUAGUCACUGGCAUCCUUUCACUCACUGAAGGAAUUGCAGUUGGAAGGACUUUUGCUGCUUUAAAAAACUAUCGAGUGGAUGGAAACAAAGAGAUGAUUGCAAUUGGAUUAAUGAACAUUGUUGGUUCCUCUACUUCCUGCUAUGUCACAACAGGAUCGUUUUCGCGGUCAGCAGUGAAUCAUAAUGCAGGAAGCAAAACAGCAGUUUCAAACAUAGUAAUGGCUGUGACAAUAAUGGUAACACUCCUGUUUCUCAUGCCAUUAUUCCAAUACACACCCAAUGUUAUACUCGGGGCGAUCAUCGUUACUGCUGUCAUUGGCCUAAUCGACAUCAGAGCCGCUUAUCAAAUCUGGAAGAUCGAUAAAUUCGAUUUCAUUGUCUUGUUAUGUGCAUUCUUUGGAGUCAUUUUCAUUUCUGUCCAGGAUGGUCUUGCUAUUGCAGUUGGAAUAUCAAUAUUUAAGGUGUUGCUGCAAAUUACAAGGCCAAAAACAGUGAUGUUAGGAAAUAUACCUGGUACAAGAAUUUAUAGGAAUUUAGAUCAUUAUAAGGAAGCUUUGAGUAUACCUGAUUUCCUCAUUUUAAGCAUUGAAGCUCCAAUUAACUUUGCCAAUACAACUUAUCUCAAGGAAAGGAUUUCAAGAUGGAUGGAAGAGUAUGAGUCAGGAGAAACCAAAAAGCAGUCAGAGCUAAAAUAUGUGGUCCUUGAUUUGUCUGCUGUGAGUGCCAUUGAUACAAGUGGAAUCUCAUUGUUUAAGGAUCUAAGGAUGGUACUUGAAAAGAAGAGUCUUGAGCUUGUGUUGGUGAAUCCAAUUGGAGAAGUAUUGGAAAAACUACAGAGAGCUGAUGAUACAAAUGAUAUGAUGGGACCAGAUUGUCUGUUUUUAACAGUUGGAGAAGCAGUAGCUUCACUUUCCUCAACAAUUAAAUACCAAAUACCAGCUCAUGUAUGAUAGCCUGAAGUAGCUACUGUAAUUUUCUUCCCUUUUUUUACCUUCAAAGAUUUCAUUCUGUUUGAUCAAGAAUUUAAUUAAAGCAUAUAGAAACAAUAAUUUUUCUCCUUA